AUCUUACAAUGCAGGUUGAAUAGAUCCUAAGGAAAACAAUAUACGGUAUUCUUGCUUCGUUCCCAUUUGAUACAUUUUAAGAAUGGCGGAAGCCCAUCAAGCAGUUGCGUUUCAGUUUACAGUAACUCCAGAUGGAAUUGAUUUGCGCAUGAGCCAUGAAGCGCUUAGACAGAUCUAUUUAUCUGGGCUUUAUUCCUGGAAAAAGAAGUUCAUCAGAUUCAAGAAUGGUAUAAUCACAGGAGUCUAUCCUGCUAGCCCAUCCAGUUGGCUCAUUGUUGUCGUAGGAGUAAUGUCAACUAUGUAUGCAAAAAUAGAUCCUUCACUGGGAUUAAUAGCUAAAAUCAACCGGACUCUGGAUACAACUGGUUAUAUGUCCAAUCAAACACAGAAUAUUGUCAGUGGGAUUCUGUUUGGGACAGGGCUAUGGGUGACUCUUAUUUUCUCAAUGCGCUACUCUUUGAAGUUGCUGCUUUCAUACCAUGGUUGGAUGUUUCAAGAGCAUGGAAAACUUUCUACAGGAACCAAGAUAUGGAUGGCACUUGUGAAACUUUUCUCUGGUCGUAAACCAAUGCUGUAUAGCUUUCAGACUUCACUACCACGCCUUCCUGUUCCAGCUGUAAAGAAUACUGUAAAUAGGUAUUUAGAAUCAGUGCGUCCACUUAUGAAUGAUGAAGAAUUUAAAAGAAUGGAAGGUCUUGGCAAAGAUUUUGCUGUAAAUCUGGGACCAAAGCUACAGUGGUAUCUGAAGUUAAAGUCUUGGUGGGCUACAAAUUAUGUUAGUGACUGGUGGGAAGAAUACAUUUAUCUUAGAGGACGUGGGCCUAUCAUGGUAAACAGUAAUUACUUUGCAAUGGAUUUUCUGUAUUUUACUCCAACUGCUGUGCAGGCAGCUAGAGCUGGCAACGCCAUCCAUGCUCUCUUGCUGUAUAGAAGAAAACUGGAUAGACAACAAAUACAGCCAAUUCUUCUGAUGGGAUCCACUGUUCCACUCUGCUCAGCUCAAUGGGAGAGGAUGUUUAACACCUCCCGUAUUCCAGGAAAUGAAACAGACACUAUCCAGCAUUUGAAGGACAGCAAACAUAUUGCUGUAUAUCAUAAAGGAUGCUAUUACAAAGUAUGGUUGUACUAUGAUGGCAGACUCCUGAAACCCAGGGAGAUUGAGCAACAGAUACAGUGGAUCCUAAAUGACAAAUCUGAGCCUCAGCCAGGUGAAGAGCAGUUAGCAGCUCUUACUGCUGGAGACAGAGUUCCUUGGGCUAAAGCUCGCCAAACAUAUUUUGCAAGAGGAAAGAACAAGCAGUCAUUGGAUGCAAUUGAAAAAGCUGCUUUCUUUGUUACUUUGGACGAUACUGUUCAAGGUUACAGAGAAGAGGAUCCAGUUAAAUCAAUGGAUACAUAUGCAAAGGCACUUCUACACGGCAAAUGCUAUGACAGGUGGUUCGACAAGUCGUUUAAUCUCAUAGUGUUCAGAAAUGGUAAAAUGGGUCUGAAUACUGAACAUUCUUGGGCAGAUGCUCCAAUUGUCGGACAUCUUUGGGAGAAUGUCAUGUCUUCUGACUGUCUUGAAUUGGGAUACACAGAAGAUGGACACUGUAAAGGGGAGGCCACUCUAGGCAUUCCUAUGCCUACCAAGCUGCAGUGGGAAAUCCCUGAAGAGUGCCAAGAAGUGAUUGAGAAGUCUCUCAACAUUGCAAGGCUGUUAGCAGAUGAUGUGGAUUUUCAUUCUUUUCCUUUUGAUACAUUUGGGAAAGGAUUAAUGAAGAAAACUAAAACUAGUCCUGAUGCAUUUGUGCAACUUGCUUUGCAACUGGCUCAUUAUCGGGACAUGGGAAAAUUUUGCUUAACAUAUGAAGCAUCUAUGACCCGCCUAUUUAGAGAAGGCAGAACAGAAACAGUCCGUUCAUGUACUGUCCAGUCCUGCAAAUUUGUGCAAGCUAUGGAAGACCCAAAUGAAAUUCCUGAAAAGAAGCGUAAUCUAUUCAAGGCUGCUGCUGCUAAUCAUCAGUGUUUAUAUCGUCAUGCCAUGACUGGUGAUGGCAUUGAUCGUCACCUUUUCUGUCUUUAUGUGGUCUCCAAAUACCUUGCCGUUGAAUCACCUUUUCUAAAAGAAGUUUUGGCAGAACCCUGGAGACUUUCAACAAGUCAAACACCUCAACAACACAUUGAUCUGAAUAAGAAUCCUGGAAUGGAGUCCAGUGGUGGAGGCUUUGGACCUGUUGCUGAUGAUGGUUAUGGUGUAUCUUACAUUAUUGUGGGUGAGAAUCUCAUCAACUUCCAUGUAUCCAGUAAAUUUUCCUGUAUUGAAACAAAUUCUCAUCGCUUUGGGAAAAACAUCAAACAAGCAUUGUGUGACAUCCUUAACUUGUUUCACCUUGGCAAAAACUCUACUAAAUGAUUUUUCUAACAGUAGAAUGACUAGUUGGUCAAUGUUGGAAAUGAGAACUCUUCUGUACAGUGACUGAAAAUAAGCUAUCCUGAGCAGCAAUCCAUUCCUAGGUAUAUAAACAAGCAUUCAUGUGUGGUUUCGACGGUCCAUCUCUUUGAUUCUUCAGAAAAAAAAUUCUUUUUCAUGAGAAAUGACUAUUUGCUGAGAAAUAGCAACAUGAAUUUUAUUCCUAAUUUGUCCUAAUUUAACAACUUAAUUUGUGUUCUAUAAAUUAAGAGAAAAUGUGUGUAUUCCAAGCUCAUGCUAAUAGAAAAAUAUGACUUGAAGUAUAAUAAUAGAAGACAUCAUUGAUUUAAUUGUUGGUGGGGUUUUUUUCUUCAGAAAGUUACCAAUUAGGACAUACACAAUAAAGGCAUUUCAUUAAGUUGAAUGUUAGAAACAUCAGGCAAAUUUAGUAAAUUGUGCUUAGUGGGGGGAAGAUAUUUUGCUAUUGGAAAUUAAGCCUGUUUUGUUACUUGAAAUGUCAGAUGAGGCUUUUUCUGUAUACAAUUUUAAAGCCUGUAUUUGCUGAAUUUCAAAAGUGGAAUGGCUGCAUUUCAAAAAGAAGAAUUGCUGAAUUUGCAGUAAUACUGGGUUAAUAUCUGUAGAUAAAAAUGGGCAUGUUUUCAUGAAAAAUCUCACAAUUUUAUUUGUAUUAUAAUAAAAGUUAGUACAAUUAAUCAACUGGUUUAAAAUCUGUUGGGACAAUCUUCAGUGUAAAGACCAGUCAAAGUAAUUUGACCACCUUCUGCCUUAGGAAAUUUUCGUAUGUCAUAAAAAGCCAUUAAUGUAAUUACCUAACAGUUAAGUGUCAUAGAUUAAAAUUGGAGUUACCUCAGAUUUUUUUUUAAUGUAGAGAAUCAUACAAAUCAUGAAUGGUAUUAUUAAAAAUUCUGCAUUAGAAAUUACAAAGAAAAAAGAUAGUUGGUCUUAUGGCUGGCAGAAACCUUAUUCAGAAACCAGAAAUGCAAAUAUUACAAAAAUCAGAAAAUGAAAUCUUCUCAACCAUCUUUACAUAAAACGCAAUUCUUAU